GUCUUCCGGGAUAUCUUCGUGCACGCCCCCGUACGGCGCCGCCACCACCGCCACACACACUUUUACUGUCUAUGACACACACACAGUUAGCGACUGACUGGUCCAACCCACCACUGUAGCCAGGUAACCUACAGUCAAAAGCAGACGUUUAGUGUGAGAGCCCUGCACACUUGACUAUCUCUCGCCGAGUCGCGGUUCCCAAGUGAAGAAACUGCUACGACCUCCUCCCCUCCUGUCACGAUGUCUAAGAAGGUUGCGUUUCGGCCGGAGGAGCAGGUGGAUGCGUCCAUCAUCCGCAUUCCGCCGCAUCACUACAUCCACGUGUUGGACCAGAACACCAACAUCGCCCGCGUGGAGAUCGGCCCGCUCACCUACAUACGCCAGGACAACGAGAGGGUUCUGUUCCCCCCCGCCCGCAUGAUCAUGGUUCCCCCCCGCCACUACUGCGUGGUGCUCAACCCCGUUGCCCGGGACGAUGAGGGACGAGUCCAGUUUGACCAAUCAGGACAGGCCAAGCUCCGCCAUGCUGACCUGGAGAUCCGCCUCACACAGGACCCAUUCCCCCUCUACCCUGGAGAGGAGCUGCAGCAGGACGUGACGGCGCUGCAGAUCGUCUAUCCUGACACGGCGUUGAGGCUGCAGGCGCUGCUGGACUUCAAGGAGACGAGUGGCCAGAAGAGAGUGGCUGGAGACGAGUGGCUGUUUGAGGGGCCGGGGACGUAUAUCCCCAGGAAGGAGGUGGCCGUGCUGGAGACCAUCAAAGCCACGGUGAUCCGGGAGAACCAGGCCAUCAGACUCCGCGCCCGCAAGGAGGGAGAGGACAGAGGAGGAGUGCACAGAGUCACUGGUGAGGAAUGGCAGGUCAGUAAGGUGGGAGCGUAUCUGCCUGGAGCUCAUGAGGAGGUCAUCGAUAUCGUCAACGCUUACAUCCUUACUGACAAGAAAGCGCUGCAUGUGCGUGCUCUGCGUCCGUUCCGUGAUGCAGGUGGGCGGGACCGGCGCACGGGGGAGGAGUGGCUUGUUACCAUGGCGGAGCGGGAGGCGCACAUCCCCUCGGUUGCCGAGGAGGUCGUCGGGGUGGUUGACGUGACGACGCUGAGCAGCCGCCAAUACUGCGUAGUGCUCGACCCCGUGGGACCCGACGGCAAACCACAACUCGGACAGAAGAGAGUGGUCAAGGGGGAGCGCUCGUUCUUCCUGCAGCCUGGUGAGCGGUUGGAGAGGGGGAUCCAGGACGUCUACAUCCUGUCUGAGGACGAGGGGCUGGUGCUGCGCGCUACUGAGGCCUUCCUGGACAUAGAGGAGGAGCUGGAGGAGGAAGAGGACCUAGGAGAGGACAGGCCCAUCACGCGCCGUGGCGGCGUCGCCCGUCGUCCUGGCGACCGCUGGAUGCUGCGCGGACCCACGGAGUAUGUUCCCCCGGCAACGGUGGAGGUGGUGUGCAGACGAGAGGCCAUCCCUCUGGACGAGAACGAGGGAAUCUACGUACGGGACAUCAAGACCGGCAAGGUGCGUGCUGUGAUUGGCCAGACCUACAUGCUGACGCAGUACGAGGAGCUGUGGCCCAAGACGCUGCCGCCCAACGUGGAGCAGCUGCUGAUGUCAUCACGCGACCCGCUGGCCGGACGCUCAGACCGCCGAGAGGCCACGCCCACUUCCCCACGCGACUGCACGCGCGUCGUCUCGUACCGCGUACCGCACAACGCCGCCGUACAGGUGUACGACUACCGCGAGAAGAAGGCCCGGGUGGUGUUUGGCCCAGAGCUGGUGAUGCUGGGUCCUGAUGAGCAGUUCACGGUGUUGUCUCUGUCGGGGGACAAACCCAAACGGGCCAACGUCAUCAAGGCCGUCUGCCUGCUGCUCGGACCCGACUUCUGCACCGACAUCAUCACCAUAGAGACCGCCGACCACGCCCGCCUGCAGCUGCAGCUCGCCUACAACUGGCACUUUGACAUUAAGCCGGGCUGUGACGCGGUGAUGGCUGCCACUCUGUUCUCGGUUCCUGACUUCGUGGGUGACGCUUGCAAGGCCAUCGCGUCACGCAUCAGAGGGGCCGUCGCAUCCGUGCAGUUCGACGACUUCCACAAGAACUCCAACCGCAUCAUCUGCUCGGCGGUGUUCGGCUUCGAUGACAAGAUGGCGGUGCGCUCCAGCCUGCGCUUCCCCCAGAACGGGCUGGUCAUCAGCAGCGUCGACAUCCAAUCAGUGGAGCCCGUCGACCAGCGCACCCGCGACGCACUGCAGAAGAGCGUCCAGCUCGCCAUCGAGAUCACCACCAACUCCCAGGAGGCUGCCGCCCGUCACGAGGCGGAGCGGUUGGAGCAGGAGGCGAGGGGUCGGCUGGAGAGGCAGCGCAUCACUGAUCAGGCCGAGGCUGAGAAGGCCAGAAAAGAACUACUGGAGCUGGAGGCCCUCAGUGCUGCAGUAGAGAGUACAGGAGCUGCUAAAGCGGAGGCUCAGUCUCGAGCAGAAGCCGCACGGAUCCAAGGAGAAGCAGCCGUCAACGAGGCCACACUCAAGGCUGAGGCCCAGAGGAUAGAGGCCGAGUCUGAGCUGGGGCGUCUGGCGAAGGCUCGUGAGGCGGAGUUGUCCUACCAGGCGGAGCGCGAUCGUCUGGAGGUGGAGAAGCAGCAGAAGCUCAGCUCCAUCGAGUCCACGCGCUUCACACACCUGGUGCAGGCCCUCGGCAGCGACACACUCACCGAGAUGGCCAGAGCAGGCCCGGAGCUGCAGGUGAAGCUGCUCCAGUCUCUGGGUCUGAAGUCCACUCUGAUCACGGACGGCUCCAGUCCCAUCAACCUCUUCAGUACCGCCAACGGCCUGCUGGGGGCGCUGCCAGGCGCCGCCCCUAAGAGCAGCGAUGACUGAGGAGGAGGAGGAGGAGGAGAAGGAGGAAGAAGCUCGCCUGCUCGUCAUUUUACACCCCUUUGUCUGUAGCUGAUCUAUACAAACCCCUCACACUCUCCCAGAAGCAUGCAUGUUACAGUAACAAGCAACUGUGUGUGUGAAGUCCAGCAGGAAUGUGCGAUGGCUUUGAGUGUGUGAAGUCCAGCAGGAAUGUGCGAUGGCUUUGUGUGUGUGAAGUCCAGCAGGAAUGUGCGAUGGCUUUGAGUGUGUGAAGUCCAGCAGGAAUGUGCGAUGGCUUUGAGUGUGACUUGUUUACAGGACCUGAUUCUGUCUUUAAUGCAGCUCGUAUAUCUUUAUUGUUUAUCCAUGAGCCUGACGCCUCAACUCUCUUAGAGGCUACUUUCUAUAUACAUUAUAUCUUUCUAUAGAUAUAUACAUUAUAUCUUUCUAUCGAUGUAUACAUGAUGUCUUUCUAUAUCUCAACGCCACAGGGGCCUUUUCUCUGUCUCCCAAUCACACCAGUGCUUUAAUUGCAAAUAAAUAAACAACACGUAAACAUGAAAA